CACGAUGGCAACUCCGUUGAAGCUGGUCGUGGAGGGCAUGCGAUGCCAGAGCAAGUGCGCCCGACGCAUUCGAGAAGCGCUCGAGGGCGUCCCUGGCGUCGCGUCCGCGGACGUGCGGUUCCAAGACAAGAGCGCGAUCGUCACGUUUGCCGAUGGUCACGCGCCAGUGUCUGUGGUGGACCUGAUCCAGACCGUCCGUGGGCUGGAUGCAGGCCUCAACAAGCACUACGACGCCUACCUUCCAGAUGAUGACCGGCGUGCGCGAACUGUUGUGCUCCACAUCGAGGGGAUGAGCUGUAUGCAGAACUGUGCACGCAAGGUAGAAGGCGCACUCGCCAACGCGGCCGGCGUCAAGUCGGCCAAAGUCAACUUUGAACAGAAACAAGCUACGGUAGUCAUUGAGCCUGGCAGCCGCAUCACCGAAGACGACUUGAUCUCGACAGUUCAGGGUGCCGGGAAGAAGUUUAUCGCGUCCGUGUACGUCAGCUCGCCUCGUUUGGAGGCGUCCGAACAGCAGCACAACGCCUCACGAGACAGACUUCCAUCGGUCGUUCCUGCCGCUAUUGCUCCUAGCAAGGCUCCUGCCGCCAAGCCAUCCGGGACUGCGUCGUCGCGUGUCACCCUGGCUGUGUCGGGCAUGACGUGCAACUCGUGCGCCAAUUCCGUCGAGUCGGCUUUACGGGCCACCGCCGGUGUCGAAUCUUGCGUCGUAAACUUUGCCACGGAGAGCGCAAACGUCAAAUUUGUGCCCGCGACGAUCGGGAUUCGAUCGCUGAUUGAAGUCAUCGAAGGCAUUGGGUACAAAGCAUCGGUUGUGACUGGCAGUGCUGUGGUCCAGUCGGACGACAACCGGCAAGCCGACAUUGCCAAGUGGCGCAGCAACUUUUUCGUCGCGCUCGUGUUCACGUUCCCGAUCAUGAUCGUCAUGACGUUGCUGGACAACAUUGCGCCGAUCGCGUCCGGGCUGCACACCCCCGUGUUCGACGUCAAGGGGUCUACGUGGAAUAACCUCAUUCUGUUCUUGCUGGCGACUCCCGUUCAAUUUUAUUGCGCGCGUCGCUUUCACGCCGACGCGUGGAAUGGUGUGAAGCAUCGGUCCCUCGGCAUGUCGUUCCUCGUGUCCAUGGGCACGAACGCCGCGUAUUUUUUCGCCGUCUUCAGCGAUCUCCGCUGCUUGUACCUCCAUGACCCGAGCUUUGGGGUUCCAGACAUGUACAUGACGUCGUCGAUGCUUGUGACGUUCAUCGCGUUGGGCAAGACGCUGGAGGCGAUCGCAAAGGGCCGGACGAACGAAGCGUUGCGCAAGCUGUUUGACCUGCAAGCCAAGGUGGCGACUCUCGUGGUGACGACGGACGGCCACCCCUCCAUCGAAAAUGUCGUCCCGAUUGAAUUGGUCCAACGUGGCGACAUCCUCAAGGUCGUCCGCGGGACGAGCGUGCCAGCCGACGGCGUUAUCACGCAGGGUGAAGGCCGCUUGGAUGAGUCCAUGCUGACGGGGGAAUCGCGCUUGAUCAAAAAGAGCGCGGACGACACUGUCCUUGGCGCGACGAUAAACGUGGACGGGCUCUUCUACAUGCGUGUGACGGGUGUGGGUCGCGACACAGCAUUGAGCCAAAUCGUGCGCCUGGUCGAAGACGCACAAACGUCGAAAGCGCCGAUUCAAGCGUAUGCGGACCAGGUAGCUGCGGUGUUUGUGCCGGUCGUUGUCGUGCUGUCGACGGUGACGUUGCUCGUGUGGUACGCUCUGGGCACGUUCGGGAUGGUCGACUUGCCCCAGCACACGAGUGCCUUUUUGUUUGCGUUCAAUUUUGCCAUCUCGACGCUGGUCGUGGCAUGUCCGUGCGCGUUGGGGUUGGCGACGCCGACGGCUGUGAUGGUCGGGACCGGCGUCGGGGCAUCGCUGGGCAUCCUCAUCAAGGGCGGCGAGCCACUCGAGGCUGCCAACCACGUCGACACGGUGCUUUUCGACAAGACGGGCACCCUCACGAACGGGACACCGUCGGUGACGGACGUAAUCGUUCUUUCGUCUGCCGACGACGACGACGACGGCACCAUGUUGACCCCGGACGACCUAGUGUUCCUCGCGGCGUCGGCCGAGCUUGGCAGUGAGCAUCCCCUUGGCCGUGCAAUUGUAAAUCACGCCAAGCUUCUCGCCAAGCCGCUGGAGGCCCCCGUGACGUUCCGGGCUGUGUCGGGGAAGGGCAUUUCCGUCGAGCUUCAAAACGACACGGUGCACUUGGGCAACUUGGACUAUAUGAACGAGUGUGGCCUUCAGUGGGGCAAGAGUCGCAUGGGGCGACAGGGCUCGAUGGACGAACGUGCCAAGCUGGAAGCCGCUGGCAAGACCGUCAUCUACAUGGGGUUGUGCGACCGCGUCGUGGCGCUGUUUGGAAUUUCGGACGCCGCCAGAGCCGACGCACGAAGUACCGUUGCCCAGCUGCAUGCCCGUGGCAUGGCUGUGUACAUGGUCACGGGCGACAACCGACGCACGGCGCAUUGGAUCGCAGAGCAAGUCGGGAUUCCAGUGCACCACGUGAUGGCGGAAGUCUUGCCAUCCAACAAAGUCGCCAAGGUCCAAGAGCUCCAGGCGUCGGGGCGAGUGGUCGCCAUGGUUGGCGACGGUAUCAACGACGCCCCAGCGCUGGCGCAGGCAAACCUGGGCAUUGCCAUCGGAGCCGGCACCGACAUCGCCAUGGAAACCGCUCAGAUGGUCCUCAUGAAGAGCUCGCUCAAGGAUGUGGUGGUCGCGUUUGAUUUGUCCCAGACCAUCUACCGCCGCAUCCAACUCAACUUUGUGUGGGCCAUGGGGUAUAACAUCGUGCUGCUUCCGCUGGCGGCCGGCGUCCUCUACGGCUUCCACAUCGAGAUCCCGCCCAUGUUUGCCGGAGCCGCCAUGGCGUUCUCGUCCGUGUCGGUUUUGGCGUCGUCGCUCGCGCUCAAGUGGUACCAGCCCCCGACAGAGUUCACCAUUCCCCACAUCCGCCCCCGCGUCGACAAGACGGACGAACGCACACCGUUGCUGCAGGUGUAGUUAUAUGAACGUGGUUAGGUAGUACAGGUCUAUUCAUGCGCAUCUCGUCGCGUCCUUUGUAGCGAUGCAUGACGACCACCGCAUGCAUGGCUGCCUGAACUGAACGGGGCUCCACACGCCAUCGCCGCAACCGAGCAUCACUCGCGUCGUCGAUGCGUUCGUUCUGCGGCGAGUCGCCGUUCCCAAUCGCAUUGAAAGUGGAAUGGACAAGCUCGACCAUCGAGUGCAGCCAUGAAUCAGCGUCAGAUCCGCUUGCUUGUGCAGAUUAUCUCACUCCUCUCCUGCCCUUGUCCCCACGUCUCACAGCGCAUUCGCUCGACCUGUCCUACAUGUCCACGUAGCGGCGCGUGCGUACACUGCCGCGACAUCUUCGUCGGGAGGCACUUGCCAGGGGAACGUCCCUUGUUGCAUGUUUAGUACUUCAUUGUGCCACGCCCUGGAUUGAGCCAUGGCAGCCCGUGUGAAUAUGCACUUCAUCGCGCAGGCCGUGUCGUUGUAAGAGCCGUUUGGUCGGUUCGCUGUUGACGUCAAACGGAGCAGGUCCAUCCUCUUGAAGGAAAACCAUGGCUGCAGACAACGGCGACGGACCUUCGCACGCGGUCGAGGAUGAACGCGAGUGGUCUACCCUGGUCAACGGGCGGAGUUGUUGGACGAGUUGUCGACCACUAUCCAAGCUUGCAAGACCAAGAGCAUUCCGCGUCGCUGGGAUGGGCAACGUGAGCGGGAAUACGUGGACAGGAAAUGCGCCACCGUUGAGGUUGUGCAACCCUUGGGCGAGUGAAUAGCGGCGGCGGACACCGAUUGCAGCCCAAACAUCACCGAGCAGUUGACGCUGUGGCACCAAACCAACGGAGUGGACCUUGACGUUCAAGUGCGCCCACGACGAAUCGGACCUGGAAGGCGUGCGCAAGGCGGACGCUGUGUAACAGCGGCGCGACACGAGAUAUAUUGUGUCGAUGUGACGUCGAGCGUCGCGACAAGCAACCGCAGGACGCGAGUCUGUUGUCGGACGCGCCGCCCAUCCCGUACUUCAUGGACAU